UUCAGUUUCUGACAGAUUUUCAGAAGUUUCCUUUAAUUUGUUUUAUAUUUCUAAAUUUUCAGUCAUGCUUUUGAAUUUAUUUUACCAUUCACACGUGUGUUCAGAGGGAAAUGCAUUUUCUAGUUUGACUAUGAAUUUUCAGUAAAGAUUUCACUUGUGCAAAAUGACCGGAGGUCAGGAGCCCGUGGCAGUGGCCCCGCACAGGUCAGGGGGACGGAGAGUUUUUAGGGACGGUGGCACGCCGCUGUGCACUUUGGCACCUCAUUACAUCAAAAGUGAGAAAAAAAGGAAAACAAAUGUCAGAGUGAAUCAGUUUUUUGGGGUUUUUUUUGGGAAUCAGUAACUGAUUUGGGGGCCACCAGGCGCCCCACAGCGGGCCAGAUUUGGAGUGUCACUGCUUUAGGAGUUAAAAAGGGUUGAAGCAGCUCUGCAGUAACUCAGCAUCAUUUUAUCUCCCAGAAUUCAUCAGGAUGGCAAGCCCUGCUGAAAACCACCGCCUGCCGUCUGCGGUCGACCCCACCCACCACGCCACAGCCCCAUCAAGCCCCGCCCACCACGCCACAGCCCCGCCAAGUCCCGCCUCCUCAGACAUCUCUGCAGCCGACAGUGAUUUCGACUGGAGGGGCAGCGACCACUCAUCCACUCAGAGAGACACAAACAGGACAGCUGGGGGACGGCGGACACAUCAGGCGGCAGUGGAUCCUCACCGAUGUGUCGUCUGUAGGAAAAGUUUCCGUCACAAAGGAAAUCUGGUGAAACACGCAGAAACGCACUCAGAGCAGCCACAGUGUGGCGUCUGUGGAGAACAGGUCAAGUCCUCAGACGGUUUGUUCAAACAUCUCAGAUCCCACAGAGAAACGGACAGCGGCGGCGGCAGCGGAAAGUGUGAGAUCUGCAGUAAGACAUUUCAGAACAUGGAGACGCACAUGAGGAGUCACACAGGAGUCAAACCGUUCAGCUGCGAUGUCUGCAGCAAGAGCUUCCCCCGAAUCGGAGCGCUGCGGCGCCACAAGAAGAUCCACAGUAGGAGGACAGAUGCCGUCUGCCCAGUCUGCAGCCUGACCUUCAGCCAACAACGGCGGCUGCAGGACCACCUGAAGACCCACGGAGAAGACGACGGGGACCAGAGCGAGGAUGGUCAGUCUGAAACGCUGAAAGCAAAGACAGACAGAUGUGGACAGAAGUCGUCUCUGUCCUGCAGAGUCUGCAGCGAGUCGUUCCACAGCCGCGGCUUCCUGAGGAAACAUGCUGAGACGCACUGCCGGGACGCUCGCAGCAUCUGCGGUGUCUGCGGGCAGCAGUUGGACUCGGCAGACGCUCUGCUGACUCACCUUCAGUCUCACAGAGAGACGAGUGGUACCUGCAGCAUUUGCGCCAAGACUUUCCAGAACAUGGAGACGCACAUGAGGAGCCACACGGGGAUCAAACCGUACCGCUGCACUGUCUGCAACAAGCACUUCCCCCGCGCCGGAGCACUGCGGCGCCACAAGAAGAUCCACAGCGGUGAGCGACCGCACAUCUGCCCUCUCUGCGGGAAGACGUUCAUCGAGAGCAGUGCCUUAAAGACGCACAUCAGGAGUCACGCAGGGGACGAGGACGCCGAGCCGCCGCCGGACGGUCUGAACCUGAAGUCUGAGACAGAGAGGAGUCCGAGCGAGGAGAACACCAAAGUGGCUUCUCAGACGAGUCACGACUGCAUGGUCUGUGGGGAGUCCUUCCAGAGUAAAGGCAGUCUGAAGAAGCACGCCAAGAGUCACUCAGCGGAGGCUGUCUGCGGCGUCUGUGGCGAAGCUUUACCGCCGUCAGAGAUGCUGACGGAGCACCUGCAGACACAUCGAGAUGCCGGGAGCAUCUGUCACAUCUGUGGGAAAACCUUUCAGAAUAUUGAGACGCACAUGCGCAGUCACACCGGCGUCAAACCGUACUGUUGCAACGUCUGCGGAAAAUCAUUCCCGCGGCCUGGCGCCCUGCGUCGCCACAAGAGGAUCCACAGCGGCGAGCGGCCGUACAUCUGCGAGUUCUGUGGGAAAACAUUCAUAGAUACUGGCUCUCUGACAACGCACAUCAGGAACCACACAGGAGACAAACCGGCCAGCCGUGUCUCCUGCGAGACGUGCGGGAAGAGCCUGGCGUCUAUCCAUGUCCUGGAGGUCCACCGCAGGAUCCACACUGGUGAGAAGCCGUUCCAGUGCCGCGUCUGCGGGAAAGCCUUCCGGCAGGUGGGAGGACUCACUGCCCACAUGCUGACGCACACGGGUGAGAAGCCGUUCAGCUGCAGCCUCUGCAACAAGAGCUUCAGCACCAAAGGCUACCUGCAGACGCACCUGCGCUUCCACCGGAAGGAGCGCGCCUUCAGCUGCGGCGUCUGCUGGAAGGCCUUCGUCACCAACAACGACCUUAAGAAGCACCUGCUGACGCACACGGGAGAGAAGCCGUUCAGCUGCCGCGUCUGUGGGAAGAGCUAUCAGGAGAAACGUUCCCGGGACGUCCACAUGAAAGUCCACCUGGACAUCCGCCUUGGCAGGGAGCCAAUCAGGAGGCAGGACGCCCCACAGCCAAUCAGGAGGCAGGACGCUGUUCAGCCUGACCUGCUGCAGCUGUAAGCCCACAGACUGAUCUGAACGGGUUUAUAAACUGACCAGCAGUUUAAGGAAGGAACACGUGACAGUAAAUAAACUACAAAAUAAGCAAUGAUCAGGAUCCUCUGGGGCCCCUCCUGCUAUCCAACUAGUCUGAGGCCCCGGGCUGACCCAGAACUGGGCUGACCCAGAACUCAUGGAGGGAUUAGAGAGGAGAGGACAUCUGAAGCGCUUUUCUCCGCCUCCUGACCCCGAGACAAGCGGAGGACGAUGGAUGGAUGGAUGGAUGGAUGGAUGGAUGGAUGUAACUGUAAAAAGGAGAGUUUGCUGUUUCUGCUGUUUUAUUAAAAAUCUCUUCAGCGUUAUUUCCUGCUUAAAACAUUUGUUAGAAAAGUCUUCAAAUGUAAUGAGUUACAUUACUUUGAUGAAAAAAUAAAACGAAAUGCCCAGCCAUGAGGUGACCCCUCCGUGUGUGUUGGGGGUUUGUGGCUGAGUGUGUUUGUCCUGGA